AGCAAGGAUCAAUUACUGGUACGAGUGCCAAAGUAAUUCCGUAAAUGCCUGGAUUCCCGUGAAUUCUCCUGAAUUCAACGUGAAUAAAUGUGUAGAGUGAAUUCCCGGGGUUGAGGAGUCGUUUAAGCCGAAAAAAUCGUGAUUUUUUGUUUCAGAAUUUGUGAAAGUACGCCGUCUCUGGAGAGUUUAUCGAUCCCACCGUUGCUCAGCCACACCCGACGGCCAUUUUGGGGCUUGAUUGCUCAGGGUAAACCACUCGGGGACGUCCCCAACGUCCGGUGAUCGUCUAAUAAUGGAUCAGAUAACGCCGAAAGAGGUGAAGAUCCUCGAAAAUCCUGAGGACAUUCAGGAGAGGAGGGAACAGGUGCUCGGGAGGUACUCCAAUUUCAAGGCGGAGGCCAGGAGCAAGAGAGAUAAACUCGAGGACUCACGUCGAUUCCAGUACUUCAAGCGCGAUGCCGACGAGCUCGAGGGUUGGAUAUACGAGAAGCUGCAAGCGGCCUCGGACGAGAACUACAAAGACCCCACGAACCUCCAAGCAAAGAUCCAGAAGCACCAGGCCUUCGAGGCGGAGGUGGCAGCGCACUCUAACGCGAUCGUCCUCCUGGACAACACCGGCUCUGAGAUGAUCGCCCAGCACCACUUCUCCAGCGACCUAAUCCGAAAGCGCCUGGAGGAGCUGCACCGUCUGUGGGAGCUGCUGCUCUCGCGCCUGGCCGACAAGGGUCUGAAGCUCCAGCAGGCGCUGGUCCUGGUCCAGUUCCUCCGCCACUGCGACGAAGUCAUGUUCUGGAUCCACGACAAGGAGGCCUUCGUCACGACAGACGAGUUCGGCCACGACCUUGAGCACGUGGAGGUGCUGCAACGAAAGUUCGACGAGUUCCAGAAGGACAUGGCGAGCCAGGAGUACAGAGUGACAGAAGUAAACGAACUGGCUGACAAGCUUCUGCUGGACGGCCACCCAGAGCGCGACACAAUCCUGGGCAGAAAGGAGGAGCUGAACGAGUCCUGGCAGAGGCUGAAGCAGCUGGCGAUCCUUCGUCAGGAGAAGCUGUUCGGCGCCCACGAGAUCCAGAGAUUCAACCGAGACGCAGACGAGACGAUGACGUGGAUAGCUGAGAAGGACGUGGUGCUGUCCUCUGAUGACUUUGGCAGGGACCUGGCGAGUGUCCAGACCCUCCAGCGAAAGCACGAGGGAAUCGAGCGUGACCUGGCAGCCCUGGAGGACAAAGUCGCGACCCUGGGAGCCGAGGCUGAUCGUCUGGCUGCCAUCCACCAGGCGGACCACUCCCAGCAGAUCCAGGCGAAGAGGGCAGAGAUCCUGGCCUCGUGGGAGAGCCUGACAGCCAAAGCAAAGGAGAGAAGAUUCAAGCUCGACGAGUCGUACUAUCUCCACAGAUUCCUGGCUGACUUCAGGGACCUGGUCUCGUGGAUGAACGACAUGAAAGCCAUAAUAUCAGCUGACGAGCUCGCCAAGGACGUGGCAGGAGCAGAGGCCCUUCUCGAGAGGCAUCAGGAGCACAAGGGGGAGAUUGACGCCAGGGCUGACAGCUUUGACGCUGCGACCCUCGCUGGCAACAAACUCCUGGAGAGAAAGCAUUACGCCGCUGAGGAGGUGGCCAGGAAGCUCGACUCCCUGGCCGAGGACAAGUCGAGUCUGCUGCUUCUCUGGGAGCAGCGGAGAAUUCUCUAUGAACAGUGCAUGGACCUUCAGCUCUUCUACAGGGACACUGAGCAGGCCGACGCCUGGAUGGCGAAGCAGGAGGCCUUCCUGGCCAACGAGGACCUGGGGGACUCCCUCGACAGCGUUGAGGCCCUGAUAAAGAAGCACGAGGACUUUGACAAGUCUCUGGCUGCCCAGGAGGAGAAGAUCAAGGCCCUGGACGAAUUCGCUGGCAAGCUGAUCGAGGGUGAGCACUACGCAGCUGACGAUGUCGCCCAACGAAGGCAGUCCCUCCUCCAGAGGCGAUCAGUUCUGCUCGUCAACUCUGCUGAGAGGAGGAGAAAGCUGGAGGACGCCUACAAGCUCCAGCAGUUCGAGAGGGACUGCGACGAGACCAAGGGCUGGGUAAACGAGAAACUCAAGUUUGCCACUGACGACAGCUACCUCGACCCCACGAAUUUAAACGGCAAAGUCCAGAAGCACCAGAACUUCGAGCAGGAGCUCAACGCCAACAAGACCAGAAUGGAGGAGAUGGUGUCCAUCGGGCAGGAGCUGAUCGACAGCGAUCACUACGCGAGUGAGAGGAUAAAAUCCCGGAUCGACGAGAUUGUGUCCCUCUGGGAGAGCCUGGCCAGAGCCACGGAGAAGAAGGGAACGAAGCUGCAGGAGGCGUCGCAGCAGCAGCAGUUCAACAGAACAGUCGAGGACAUCGAGCUCUGGCUGUCCGAGGUCGAGGGCCAGCUCAUGAGCGAGGACUACGGCAAGGACCUCACGAGUGUCCAGAAUCUCCAGAAGAAGCACGCACUGCUGGAGGCCGACGUUGGCUCACAUGCUGACAGAAUCGACAGCAUUGCCCAGGCAGCUGAGCAGUUCGUCAGUUCAGGGCACUUCGAUGCCGACAACAUCAGGUCCAAGCAGGAGCAGCUGGGCGGUCGUUACGCUGCCCUCCAGCGCCCCAUGAGCAUCAGGAAGCAGAGGCUGCUGGACUCGCUGCAGGUGCAGCAGCUCUUCAGGGACAUCGAGGACGAGGAGGCCUGGAUCAGGGAGAAGGAGCCAGUGGCAGCCUCCACCAACAGGGGGAGGGAUCUCAUCGGUGUGCAGAACCUCCAGAAGAAGCACCAGGCUGUUCUCGCUGAGAUCAACAACCACGAGCCCAGGGUGGCUGCUGUCUGCGAGGCUGGCUCCAAGAUGCUGUCCGACGGACACUUUGCAGCUGACGAGAUCAGCCAGCGUUUGAGUGCUCUCGACGAGCACUGGCUGCAGCUCAAGGAGAAGGCGCGCCAGAGGAAGAUUGACCUUGACGACUCUCUCCAGGCGCAUCAGUACUUCGCUGAUGCCAAUGAGGCUGAGUCCUGGAUGAAGGAGAAACGUCCGAUCGUCAUGAAUAAUGAUUAUGGGAAGGACGAGGACAGCUCGGAGGCUUUGUUGAAGAAGCACGAGGCACUUGUCAGCGAUCUCGAGGCCUUUGCCAGCACCAUUGGGGCGCUGAGGGAUCAGGCUGCUGCUUGCAGACAGCAGGAGACACCCACUGUCGACAUUGCUGGCAAGGAGUGUGUCGUGGCACUCUACGAUUAUGCUGAGAAAUCCCCGAGGGAGGUGUCCAUGAAGAAGGGGGACACCCUGACACUGCUCAACUCCAACAACAAGGACUGGUGGAAGGUCGAGGUGAACGAUCGCCAGGGCUUUGUGCCCGCUGCCUACGUGAAACGUGUUGAACCUGAGGUGGGUUUAUCCGCCUCCCAGCAGAAUCUCGCACGUGAGCAGAGCUCUAUUGCAGCCAGGCAGGCGCAGAUUCAGGGACAGUACGAUGAUCUUCUUCAGUUGGCGCACGAGCGUCAGAACAAGCUCAACGAAACAGCCAAGGCUUACGUCCUCGUGAGGGAGGCUGCUGAGCUCGCCACCUGGAUCAAGGACAAGGAGAACCAUGCGCAGGUGCAGGACGUUGGCGAGGAUCUGGAGCAGGUGGAGGUCAUGCAGAAGAAGUUCGACGACUUCCAGGCGGACCUCAAGGCCAACGAAGUGAGACUUGCUGAGAUGAAUGAGAUCGCUGUGCAGUUGAUGAGUCUCGGGCAGACUGAGGCUGCUCUCAAGAUCCAGACGCAGAUUCAGGAUUUGAAUGAGAAGUGGACUAGUCUGCAGACUUUGACUGCUGAGAGGGCUAGCCAGUUGGGCUCUGCGCAUGAAGUCCAACGGUUCCACAGGGAUGUCGAUGAGACCAAGGACUGGAUCAGGGAGAAGGAUGCAGCGCUCAAUAAUGAUGACCUUGGGAAGGAUCUCAGGAGUGUACAGGCACUUCAGAGGAAGCACGAGGGGCUGGAGAGGGAUCUGGCUGCUCUCGGCGACAAGAUCAAGCAGCUGGACGAGACAGCCAACAGGCUGAUGCAGUCCCAUCCUGAUACUGCCGAGCAGACGUACGCCAAGCAGAAGGAGAUCAACGAAGAGUGGACGCAACUCACUGCCAAGGCCAACUCCAGGAAGGAGAAGCUCCUGGAUUCCUACGAUCUGCAGAGGUUCCUGAGUGAUUACAGGGAUCUCAUGGCUUGGAUCAACUCCAUGAUGGGCCUGGUGGCUUCUGAGGAACUGGCGUCUGAUGUCACUGGGGCUGAAGCUCUCCUUGAACGUCAUCAGAAUUACAGAUCGGAAAUUGACGCGAGAUAUGGAAUACUCGAGGAGCACAGAACCGAAGUUGACGCUCGUGCGGGCACAUUCCAAGCCUUCGAGCUCUUCGGCCAGCAGCUGCUGCAGUCCUCGCACUACGCAAGCGUAGAAAUCCAGGAGAAGCUCGAGUCGAUGGCAGAAGCCAGACAAGAGCUGGAGAAGGCCUGGAUCCAGCGGCGAAUGCAGCUGGACCAGAAUCUCGAGCUCCAGCUGUUCUGUCGCGACUGCGAGCAAGCUGAGAACUGGAUGAGCGCCCGAGAGGCCUUCCUGAGCAGUGCAGACGCAGUUGACAGCAGUGACAACGUUGAAGCCUUGAUAAAGAAGCACGAGGACUUUGACAAAGCGAUCAACGCCCACGAGGAGAAGAUCGCAGCCCUGCAGACCCUGGCUGAUCAGCUGAUCGCUGCUGAGCAUUACGCAGCUAAACCAAUUGACGACAGACGUUGCCAGGUCCUGGACCGUUGGAAGCACCUGAAGGACGCCCUGAUCGAGAAGCGAUCGAAGCUGGGUGAAUCCCAGACUCUCCAGCAAUUCUCUCGUGACGCCGACGAGAUGGAGAACUGGAUUGCUGAGAAGCUCCAGCUGGCGACUGAGGAGAACUACAAAGACCCAGCGAACAUUCAAUCAAAGCACCAGAAGCAUCAGGCAUUCGAGGCAGAACUGGCAGCCAAUGCUGACAGAAUCCAAUCAGUUCUGGCGAUGGGUGGCAAUCUCAUCGAGAAGCACCAGUGCGCAGGCUCUGAGGACGCUGUCCAGAAGAGAUUGGCAUCGAUCGCUGACCAGUGGGAGUACCUCACCCAGAAGACGACGGAGAAGUCCCUGAAACUGAAGGAAGCCAACAAGCAGAGGACCUACAUCGCAGCUGUCAAGGACUUGGACUUUUGGCUGGGAGAGGUGGAGAGUCUUCUGACAUCUGAGGACGCUGGCAAGGACUUGGCGUCUGUUCAGAAUCUCAUGAAGAAGCAUCAGCUGGUGGAGGCCGACAUCCAGGCUCACGAGGAGCGUAUCAAGGACAUGAACGCCCAGGCUGACUCUUUGAUCGAGAGCGGACAGUUCGAUGCUGCUGGCAUUCAGGAGAAACGGCAGAGCAUUAAUGAAAGGUACGAGAGGAUCAGGAAUCUUGCAGCUCAUCGCCAGGCAAGGCUCAACGAAGCGAACACCCUCCACCAGUUCUUCAGAGACAUCGCAGAUGAGGAGUCCUGGAUCAAGGAGAAGAAGCUUCUCGUAGGCUCUGACGACUACGGAAGGGACCUCACAGGCGUUCAAAACCUCAAGAAGAAGCAUAAGAGGCUCGAGGCCGAGCUGGGGAGUCACGAGCCUGCCAUUCAGGCUGUUCAAGAGGCUGGUGAGAAGCUCAUGGAUGUCUCCAACCUGGGGGUGCCUGAGAUUGAGCAGAGGUUGAAGCUUCUAAACCAGGCUUGGGCAGAGUUGAAGCAGCUGGCAGCCACCAGGGGCCAGAAGCUCGACGAAUCGUUGACUUAUCAACAAUUCUUGGCUAAAGUCGAGGAGGAGGAGGCCUGGAUCACCGAGAAGCAGCAGCUGCUCUCAGUGGAGGACUACGGUGACACAAUGGCUGCUGUUCAGGGUCUGCUGAAGAAGCAUGAAGCCUUUGAGACGGAUUUCGCUGCUCAUGGGGAGCGAUGCAAGGACAUCUGCGAGGCCGGUGAGUCCCUCAUCAAGGCUGGAAAUCAUCGGGCUGAUGCCAUUGGCCAGAGGUGCAAUCAACUGCGAAACAAGUUGGAACAGCUGGGGGCUUUGGCCACCAGGAGGAAGACUCGACUCAAUGACAAUUCAGCUUAUCUCCAGUUCAUGUGGAAGGCUGAUGUCGUCGAGUCCUGGAUCGCUGACAAGGAGACCCAUGUCAGGUCUGAGGAGUUUGGCAGGGAUCUCUCCACUGUCCAGACACUACUGACCAAACAGGAGACCUUCGAUGCUGGACUACAUGCCUUCGAACACGAGGGCAUUCAGAACAUCACGACUCUGAAGGAGAGACUGGUGGAUGCCGGCCACGAGCAGACUGCUAAUAUUCAGAAGAGACAUGCUGAUGUCAUCACUCGCUGGCAGAAACUACUGGCUGACUCUGAUGCUAGGAAACAGAGACUUCUUCGCAUGCAGGAUCAGUUCAGGCAGAUUGAAGAGCUAUACCUGACAUUCGCGAAGAAAGCAUCAGCCUUCAACUCGUGGUUCGAGAACGCCGAGGAGGAUCUGACAGAUCCAGUGCGUUGCAACAGCAUCGAGGAGAUUCGCGCCCUGAGGGAGGCCCACGCCUCCUUCCAGGCGAGUCUGUCCUCCGCCGAGGCGGACUUCCAAGCUCUGGCUGCUCUCGACCGCCAGAUCAAGAGCUUCAACGUGGGUCCGAAUCCCUACACCUGGUUCACGAUGGAGGCCUUGGAGGACACCUGGAGAAACCUCCAGAAGAUCAUCAAGGAGAGGGACGUGGAGCUGGCGAAGGAGGCCCAGAGGCAGGAGGAGAACGACAAACUGAGGAAGGAGUUCGCUAAACACGCCAAUGCCUUCCACCAGUGGCUGGCAGAGACCAGGACCUCGAUGAUGGAGGGCUCUGGCUCCCUCGAGCAGCAGCUGGAGGCGACCAAGAAGAAGACUCACGAGGUUCGCGCCCGCAGACAGGACCUCAAGAAGAUCGAGGACCUGGGGGCCAUCCUCGAGGAGCACCUGAUCCUGGACAAUCGUUACACUGAGCACAGCACUGUGGGCCUGGCCCAGCAGUGGGACCAGCUGGACCAACUGGGCAUGAGGAUGCAGCACAACUUGGAGCAGCAGAUCCAGGCGAGAAACCAGUCUGGAGUGUCCGAGGACGCCCUCAAGGAGUUCUCCAUGAUGUUCAAGCACUUCGACAAGGACAAGAGUGGAAGACUCAAUCACCAGGAGUUCAAGUCCUGCCUGAGGGCCCUGGGGUACGACCUGCCGAUGGUCGAGGAGGGCCAGCCAGAUCCAGAAUUCGAGAAUAUACUGGACAUCGUGGACCCCAAUAGGGAUGGGUAUGUCUCCUUGCAGGAGUACAUGGCGUUUAUGAUCAGUAAGGAGACGGAGAAUGUCCAGAGCUCGGAGGAGAUUGAGAACGCCUUCAGGGCCAUCACUGCUGCCGACAGGCCUUAUGUCACUAGGGAGGAACUUUAUGCUAACCUUACGAGGGAGAUGGCCGAUUACUGCGUAGCACGUAUGAAUCCCUUCGUCGAUCCCAGGACCGAACGACCAAUCCCAGGAGCCCUGGACUACAUCGAUUUCACUCGGACACUUUUCCAAAAUUAAUUGGGCUUCUUUUUUGAAUAUUAUAUACUCAAGCUUAAAUUAUUAUUCAUUCAUGCGCAUAUUGCACGACUAUUAUAUUCUAUUGUAUUCAGACCACUGCAAGCUUCCUGUUAUAUUUUACAACAGAUCAGAAAAUUUCGUAAAUUCUUAUAUUACUACUUCGUUAUCGGUUCUGCUUGCGGUGUCCUUCGAAAAUGCAUGUUCGACCUCUAUUGGAGUAUUGGUAAUUGGAAUAGAACUUUGACUGUAGAGAUGAUAUAAAUAAACGUUACUCGACAAACUA